GUGCAUUGUUUGUGUACGUACGUUGGCGACGCGAUACUGUACCGGACACAAAUGCUGCUGCUGCCGAAAGAAAUAGACAACUCUAACAAUUCUUGAGGUGUAGUACACUGUUUAAUUCUGCUUCAGUUUCAUUCUUCCAUUUGUCUAAAAACACUAAAUAAAUCACCAUGGAUCCCCAGAAAAACUACGAGAUGAAUAACCAGCGCGAAUCAUGGUGUGCUGUGGAGCUGAGUCCGCUGCAGGAUUGGUGUAAAUCAGAGCGGAAACAUCAUGGAGAGAACUUCAAAAGCUCUGUAUUCAACGCUAAACAAGGCCAGCCUGAGAGCGAGGCAAGAUGCACAUUCGAAGUCAACGAUAAGACACACAGGGAAAAGAGACAUUUUCCAAAUAAGACAAGUUACAGUCAUCUAGCCAUCUAAACAACCUGAUUUGCCCUUGCAACUUAGAGUGGAAGGAACUUGUUAACGAGGCAGAUGGGAAUAUAUGCUUUCUUCGUUGCACUGAACAGUAAACUUUCAACUUCACUUUGAUGCUGGUCAUCAUACAAGACUAUUCUGAAUUCAAGAUAUCAACUCUUUAGAUUAUCUGCACUCUUCACAUCUUGUGACAUUGAAUUACUUCCAAGUGGCAAUAAUGAAGUUGGUUUGCGAAUUGUGAAUGUUUGGUGCAACACUACAUGGGGAAGGACUUUGUACAACUGGUGUCAUUCAUAUUAUCUAUCUAUAUUAUCUAUUAUCUAUCAGGUUUAAACUGUCAGAGGUCUUUGUGUGCUUUGUAAGAUUUUUCAUGUAAAUUAAAAACAACUUUAAAGAACUGUAGAUUUACAUGGAUUACGCGUACAACAUCUUUUACAGAAAGCAAGUGGGCAAUAAACAUGCCAUAACAUUAACAGUUUUAGAUUUAGUUGCUUUAUAUCUUCAAAUUUACACAUAGCAGUGCAUUUUGUGCUGCAAACUAAAAAUAAAGAGCGAGGCAAUGAAACGGUGCAUUCCUUUUAUUUGUUAAUAAUAUUGUUACUUACAUGUACAUGUAUCAUGCAAUAAUUAGGGAAAACAAACUAUGCAUUUGUGCUCUAUUAUUAUAGUAAUGAAUGUUUUAUUAAUCGCUUAAAAUCAGUACUUGUGUAGACUAGUGGCAACCAGGACAUACAAAACUUCUUGAUAGAAUCUUAGUGUACUUUUUUAUGGUUUAUCAAAAUUAUUUCUGGUAUUUAUUCUCCCAAGACAGAAAAUGUUGACUAUUGGCCAAUCUGGAUUUAUGAUAUUGGAAUGCUUUACAAGAAAUCUAUUUCUACAGAAAUUCUGGAAAUGAUACUCAUAAAUGAAGGAAAGGCUGAGAUUAGCAUUGUAUAGUAAUAGUUGUCUGACAUUUUAUUACACAAAAAAUUAUCCAUAGGUUUUGAAAUAAAAAAUUGCACAAGCAGAGCAUAUUAGUAUAGACAUCUUGUGACUCUGUAUGAUAAUAGUAAUCUGUUAUUCAUUUCGGAAAAUUAAAAUAUAUGGGACAUGUACAAUAAAUAUGUUUAAUAUGUGUUUUCUAAAAUAAUGGCAAAAUACCAUUUAACUCUUUGGAAAAUUAAUUAAGAUUACAAGAUAUAUGCAAAUUUACAGCAUUACUUUUAUUCCUAUACCAUACUUUUUGCAAUGCUAUAAAGCAAUUUUUUGAUAAUUUGUAUAAUGGAAAUUGAUAUCAUGGCAAUAAUUCAUAAUAAUUGUGAAAUGAUUUGUACAGUUAAGUUUUUUUUUAUUAUGAAUAAAAAAGAAGAAAAAUA